AUGAAAGAUCUCACCCUCUCAACUUCCUUUCGGUUGAGACCACCAGACUUCGUUAUUGCUUCUUCAUUCUGUUGUACUGUCGUGGCAAGAGCUUGACCAUUGUUCCUUGGCUGCUCUCAUUUCUGCCCCUUUCCUUGAUUCUGAGAUUUUCCAUGGAGCUUCCAACUCUGCUCACGAGUAUAACGUGGCUUUCUUACACUAGGUGCACUAUAUCUAGAUAGAGAGAUCCGCAGCGUGAGCAACCCGACUGUGCGUGACUAUUCUGAUGGUCGUUCUAAGCAACUUGUGUUCUCUCCACAUUUGUGGCCGAGUAAUUGCCACUUACAGUCACCAUAGUUGAGUUGUACAUGCUUUGUGGUUCGAGCAUCAAGCCUCUUCCGUUUCGCUCUCCUCAAAUCCAUGCCACUACCUUAUUAAGGGCCGGAAUCUUCUGUUUGCCAAUAAUCUGAAUCCUCACUGGAUCAAACUCUGGAUUAACCCAAUGAGAAAAUGAUAAACUGUCUUUCUUGAUGAAAUUUUUAAGAAUAGCUGCAUCCUCAGGAUAUUUGAUUUCGAUCACCCUGUAAUGGUCAAAUUCUUGCCACAAAGCUUUCUAUUUAUUUGCAAAUUCUGUAACUUUUUUACUUCCCUGUUUUGCAGGAAUUAUUUCCACCUUAUCUUUAUAUACUUGAGCCGCAUCUCUAGCUUUGGAAUAACUCUGUUCGAUUGCAUCCCACAGAAAGUUUUUCUGUCACCUCUUCGAAGUGAAAAUGGUCCAGUAAAUUACAGAAAGUUUGGCAGUGUGUUUUGAGGGUUGUACCUAAUAGUAGAACCUUCUUUGAAAACAGAAGAAAAACAAUGGUUCUUGUUGGUAUAGUUUAGGCUUUGAGAGUUUAAUUUCAGUUGUUAUUGAACAACGGUUGAGAUUAGUUGUCACCCUAGUUCAACUUCUAUUUUACGGCUUGUACUUUUUUAAGCAGAGGGACUACAUAGGCCGAGAUUUUACCUAUAUAUUGUAUGUUAGCCGCACUGAAAAAGAAAUAUAUUAUUUUUCAGAUUCUCCUCAAUUCGUGUCCUGUGGAUGAAUUCUCUGAAAAGGAAGGGUGGCUUUCUGGCUUCUUAGAUCUCUAACUGACAUUUAUCUCACUCUUAUGAGCUUUGUUUGUAAUCCCCAUUUGAUUCCGGUCUCUUUCUCCAGCUUCUAGCAAGGAUCCAAAUUUUAUUCUGUUUGUACAGUAAAACUUAGAAAGCGUGCGUUUUGUUUGAGGAAAUAAACUGUCUUGUAAAUCAUUACUUUCUGCAUAGUUGGGAAAAUUUUCAACUAGACUGGCUCUUGAUACCGUCAUUGUUUGUUUUGCAGAGAAUAAUAAUAGAACUUACAAGAUAAUGAGCGGGAAGGUAAUGAUGAAGCUGGGGAAUGCUGGAGAAGUUCAAACUGAUGUUGGUUUUGAUUCUCUUCCUAUGUACCUGAGAGUCAGGCAGAAGAAGCAUCUAUAUUCCAAGGAAGAAAAAAAAUCAAAGAGCUCAGAGAAAGAUUCCAUGAGAUUUAUUCAUGCACUUCCUACGUACAUGAAAGACAGGAAAUCAAGACUGCCAGAGAAAACUAUGUAAACUCCAAGGAACAAAUGAAGCUCGAUAGAAAUGUAUUUGAGGCCUACUUGGAGUGAGUUUGAGAGUCCAAUGGUUGCUACUCAAUCUUUGUGAUGUGGGUAUGAUUGAUGAUUUAUUUGCUUUUUAUUGUAGGUAUUUGUGGAGCGGUAUCUCAGAUGAUACAAGGACUUCCUACACCUACUUUGAUUGCUAAUGGUUUUCAUUGUAUAAGAAGGGGCCCUCACAAAUUAAGGUACUAACGUGGAUCAAGAAAAAGGAGAUAUUUUCAAGGAAAUAUGUUUUUGUUCCAAUUGUCUGCUGGUGAGUGUUCUUUCUGUAUUCAACCUUCCUCCUGCAGUAUUGCAGCAAUUAAUCAAUUAAAUUCAUGAAAGCAUGAUAGGAGACAUUGGAGCCUUCUUAUUUUGUAUCAUUUUGGAGAAAGUUUCCGCUCAAGAACCACCAGGCCCUGCAUGUUGUUACUAGAUUCACUCGAGAAGAGUAAUCCAAGGAGCCUUGAACCAUAUAUAACAAAGUAAGUUUCAUAUUGAUAUUAGGUAUACAUUCCUGUAACCAUGAGAAGAUCUUUGAAAGAGAAAUUCGUCACUCUAAUCAGGUUUGUGUCAGAUAUAUACAAUUCGGAAGGUUGUGAAGACAAUGAACAUUCUAUCUCAAAAAUUCCACUUCUUGUUCCUAAGGUGGCUGCAUUGCCUUUUCUGUGACUAUUCUCUACACACAAGUUCUUCUUUAUGCGAGGUUGUAGCCUGUUCACAGGUACUGCAACAGAAAAAUGGAGAGGACUGUGGCAUUUUUGUCCUUUAUUUUAUACAUCUGUUCAUGCUAAGUGCUCUUGAGGCCUUCCACCAAGAGGAUUACCCGUACUUUGUGAGUUCCCUACUUCAUAAACUUGUUUAAUGAUAUUUUAGUUAUGCAUGCUGUGUUUAUAUUAAAGCUGUUAUUUCUUUAUGGUGACUCUUCAUCUAUUUUAAUGUAUCAGCUUACAGAAAGCUGGUUCACUUUAGCGGACAUGGAAAUUUUCCAUAAGGACAUCAUUCAUUUUGCGUGUAGGUGCAACUUCUAUUCAAGAUUUAUAAUGUUUUCUUGCCUUUGCUUGUAG